GACAUAAAAAGAAAAAAAAAAAUCCAUCCUUUCAAUUCCAUCACAGACGGAGCGAGAAGGAGGAGCAGGAGAGAGUGAGAUAGUGAUGCUCGCUGCAGGAACCAACAAGUGAGCAGCAGCUGGGAGAUGAAGAGUCUGUAAGAGCAGAAGACACUCAGAGCUUCACCACAAACAGCAGCCUGCAGCUUGUGUGUUUCCCGCCCUCGGGUUUCUCUGCUGCCAUGCCGUGUCCUGUGCCGCUGUGUGCCGUUCUGCUCCUUCUGAUGCCGCUGGAGAUCACAGAGGCUCGCGCUCUGCAUGCGUCUCCUGAUGCUGUGCAGUUUCUUGAGCAGUUUCUGCAGAGGUUUAAUGACCUUUUGACCUUGGAUGACCUGGAGAAGCUGUUGGACAGCGAGCUGGAGGAGUCCACCAACCUGUCCACGGGGGUCAAACCAGCUGAUUACCCAAAGUGGGCUGAUGUACAAACGCAGGAUGAGGCCCCGUGGCUCCGCCUACUGAAGGGGGCCGUGGUCAAUCAGAAGCGAGCAGAACCAGACCGGUCGAGGAGGGGAUGGAACCGAGGAUGCUUUGGCCUGAAGCUGGACCGGAUUGGGUCCAUGAGUGGACUGGGCUGUUAGGAGAGCUCAGAUAAAGACUGAUGGCAUUCACGUGCACUGAAGGAUGUUUGCACACGUGUAGCCUCCAUGUAGUGAGCGUGCUGCUGCGGUGUUUCAUCCAGAGUGACAACAGCUGCAGUUUAUUCCAUGUGUAGCUCUUAAACUCGUUGUUAGGAACAUGUUCCCAUCACAUUAUCUUUGUUGAGCACUUGUUUUGAAGUAAACUUGCACUUUAUGUAAUUGCAGGAUGUCUGUGUGCAGUAAAUGUAAAACCAAAAAUAAAAAAAUAGCUGUGAUUUUAAAGUGCUAAUUCUGUAACUGAGGAUCAUGUAUAGAAACAGACAUAAAGGAUUUACCCGCCCAAGGGGACAAAAGAGAGCACCUGUAGUUUUUGCUGUUUCUUAUGACUUGCAUGAAUAAAUCAAUUUAACAUGGUGAG